UUGAUACAAACUGGCAGCCGCCAUGUUGUGUCUCAGGGGGAGCCAGGCACUCAAGGCACGUAGCAGUAGCAGGAGGAGCGACGUCGUCCGGUAGUAAACAGUAGAUGACGUUACCGCCCGCUCAGCAGUUCACAGGAAACGGACCGCUGCUGGAAGAUAUGAGCCGUCCGUCCCCAGACGGAGCCGGUGGUGGAGGACUCGGGGCCGGGAAAGUGGGUGGAGGAAAGCACGGAGGAUCGGGAGGCACCGCGGCGGCUGCUGUUGCGGGAGUAGCCGUCGGAGUGAGCACCGUGGCCGGGUCCGCUGUCCCUUCCCCCGCUGUGUCUCUGUCGAUCGGUCUACCCGGGCAGUCCCCGGAGCUCACGGCGCUGUUCGAGUGCCCGGUAUGCUUCGACUACGUCCUGCCGCCCAUCCUGCAGUGCCAGGCGGGUCACCUGGUCUGCAACCUGUGCCGCCAGAAGCUGAGCUGCUGUCCGACCUGCCGAGGCCCGCUCACCCCGAGCAUCCGGAACCUGGCCAUGGAGAAGGUGGCGUCCACUCUGCCGUUCCCCUGCAAGUACUCCUCGGCCGGCUGCGGGCUGUCUCUGCACCACACGGAGAAGCCGGACCACGAGGAGGUGUGUGAGUUCCGGCCGUACACCUGCCCGUGUCCCGGGGCGACCUGCAAGUGGCACGGCUCUCUGGAGGCCGUCAUGCCGCACCUGAUGCACGCACACAAGUCCAUCACCACGCUGCAGGGUGAGGACAUUGUGUUCCUGGCGACAGACAUCAACCUGCCGGGCGCCGUGGACUGGGUGAUGAUGCAGUCGUGUUUCAGCCACCACUUCAUGCUGGUGCUGGAGAAGCAGGAGAAGUACGAGGGCCACCAGCAGUUCUUCGCCGUCGUGCUGCUCAUCGGCACGCGCAAGCAGGCGGAGAACUUCGCCUACCGCCUGGAGCUCAACGGCAACCGCCGCCGGCUGACCUGGGAGGCCACGCCGCGCUCCAUCCACGAUGGCGUGGCGGCCGCCAUCAUGAAUAGCGACUGCCUGGUGUUCGACACCUCCAUCGCGCACCUGUUCGCCGACAACGGCAACCUGGGCAUCAACGUGACCAUCUCCAUGUGCUGAGGGGAGCCGAGCCGAGUGGCGACGACAACGCCACGGAGACGGGACGUAACGCAGGCGUUCACGCCUCCCGUCUCGCUCUAGGGACUUCCUGUGCCGCUGAACAUUUGAAAAACACUUUUAGGGAAAAUGCUCUCGGCGGCCGGCGCCCACGUUUGGCAGGACAGAACCGGUCUCCCACUGUCAGCCGAUUGCCGCUGAACAUUUGAAACGCUUUUAAAAAAAACGGCGAGAAAAGUCCUCGGCGGCCGGCGAGGCGCUGCGUGAUGUCCGUGUUGGCCGGACGGAGCAGCUCGUCUCUCUGUCCGCUGAUUGGGCACCAGAGGGGAAACGUGGAAGACAUCUCCGCUGGCGACCGGCGGCGAGCAUCAGGCCGCCGUACUUCUCGGUGGGGAAGAAGCCGGCCGGCCACUUCCACCGAGCUGUCCCGAGUUUAUUCUCUCUCUCUCUCUGUCUCUCUCUCUGUCUCUCUCUCUGUCUG